AUGGGUACAGCAUGGUCAGUACCCAACAUACUUAAAUGGUGCUCAUUUUUUGUCGACACAGUUAUCCCCUCAGAAACACUUCAACGCAAUACUGAUAUGCACAACUACAAGUUGUUUCCGGAGGCAAUGAAUAAUUUUCACCGCGUUUUUUACGGUUUGGGUUUUCUUCGCAAAUUCAACAGAGAGCCCGAGGCAAUGGAACCAAAUGCGAAGUGGCGCAGUGGCCAAUGGAAUACUUCCCGCUCGUUUGGGAUUGAUUCCGCAAACUGGCACUGGCCGACUGGUUCUGCUCAUCCUCGGGUACUUCGGCUGUCGUUUCGGGCGCCACAACAUCGCUUGUUGGCGGUGGUUCUGCCGCAGCUUCUACCACAGGUGGUUCAGGUGCCUCAGAUGACAGCGCGACUUCAGGUUCCUCCUUUGGCAUCUCUUCAGGCGGAACUUCAACUUCUGGCUCUACCUGAUCUGGAGGAAUAA